AUGGUACUACAGUAUGAUGAGAGCGUUCGCAACCUGCUGUAUCGGAGAUCAUGCCAAUACACGCAGGGUGAGCGCUCAGGAGGCCACGUCGAGGAGGCCGCCGACCUCGUCGAGAAGGUGAAGAACUUCACCAAGCGUUAUCCGAAUAGUCGGCAGGCGAGACGCGACCUGUUUGAAGACUCUCUGAGCGAAUGGAGCUCAGAGUCGAAAGCAUGGUUUAUUCAACAGAUGGAGGAGGCCAAGAAGCAGAAUGUCGAGACAUACAUCGGCACCGAAGGCACCGAGGGGACCUCCUUCAUCUCCAUGACUCUCCUAGGGAUUUCCUCGAUGUUUGUUCGACAAGAAGAAAAGUUGAAAACGAAGCUUAUGGACCUAGGUCUCAUGGUAGACUCAGUCGAUGGAGUCGACAAGGCCAUCAUGUGGAAAGCACCUUACAGACCUGAGAUAGCACGAGCAGACGACAUCUCAGUCACCGUCUCCUUCCUUCGGAAUGAAGCAGCCAUGGAGCUAUGGGAAGGCAGGAGAGAAUACACUAUCGAAGGGAGAGUCUUUCGAGCCACAGAGGUGAGCAUAGCACACGACCGGUCCUUCAAGCUUCGAGCCAAGCGAGGACCUUGGGGCAAGGGAGGGAGCCUUGCCGAGCUAUCACAGCUCCUAGCUCUCGGAGGAAUGUCGACGGCCGAGAUCGCUCAGAUUUAUCGAUUUCAGCUGCUCUCGCAAUCUCUUGCAGCCGCAGAGGUACAACCGCUUGCAGGCAUGCUCGUGCAGGGUGCUGGGCAGAGAGGUCGCAAGGGGCCGAGCCCGAAGACGUAUGUCGCUGUUGGGGCAAGUACGGGAACUCUCCAGCAAAAAGAGCUGGAGUGGGUGCUCAGCUCGCCUCGACG